UGAUCAAGACGUAAACAUGAGCUCCCUGACGCAGGCAACCAAAUGCUGCAUGAAAUGCGGUGAAGAGAAAAGAUGUUUGUAAUAUAUUACAUAUUGUGGCCCAUGGGCUACUAGGCAGCCGGGUGGCACACAGGAAGCAGACCAUGAACCUUGGCGAGCGCCGGCCCAACAAGUGGUGGACGGAGUCGGACACGUUCGCCAUGCUGACACUAAUUGAGCAGCUGGACCUGGUGCACGAGCUGGACAAGAAGCGCCAGCGCAACGACUUGCACUUCCGCCGGCUGCGCCACAGCCUGGCCAAGCGCCACAUCCACUUCACCGUCAACCAGAUACGCAACCGCUGGAAGAGCCUCAAGCACAAGUACCGCAAGAUCAAGACGGCCAGCUACCGCAGCCCUGCCGCACGCCUCUCCGCCAUGGAGAGCUUCCGCUACUUCCGGAUGCUGGACCGCAUGCUGGCCCACAAGCCCAGGGUGGGAGCCCCAGAGGAGGGCUCGACGGUGGGACACGAUCUGGUGCUCACCGCCUCUGACCUGGAGGACCACACUGACAGUACUGGUGAUGUUGCUCAGGCCUGCACCGCUGCCCCCUGGCACGACCCCCUUGUCCCAAAACUGGAGAGCGGCGAGGAGGUGAAGCCGGAUCCGGACGAGCCCCCAAACCUGGACCAGGCGGACUGGGCAGUGAACGGGACAGAUGAGGUGAUGACCCUGGGGCUGUCCGGCGAGUACCUGGGUGCGGUGAAGGCUGAGCCUAUCCCCUCCUCUGGCCUGCACAGCCUGGAGGGCGCCAGGGAGCCGACCAGCUGCAGCUCCGAGGAGUUUCAAGGCACCUGCGAGGACACCAGUAGCCUGAUCCUCCAGCAGCUGACCAUCCUGAACCACCAGCUGAGCGAGCAGCUGGCCGAGCAGAGGGCCUUCCACUGCAGCAUGCUGGGCAUGAUGGACCGGCAGAUCGAGGUGCUGGAGCAGCUGUCCAGCGUCACCCGCAGCCAACAGGAGGCCAAGGUAGCCAGCGCUAACGCUAGCGCCAACGCUAGCGCCAACGUCACCCCUGCUGCCGCCAACGCCUCACUUUCCGACGUGAGCGAAGACUGCCUGAGCAGGAGGGUCCACGAGGUCCUCCUGCGUAUGCAGAUGAGGGACGCGGAGCAGGCCCUGUCGCCAGCGACGCCACCGUCGUCGCGUUUAUCCAAAUCCAUCCCCUCAGCGGAGCCCGAGCUCGAGCCCGCUCCCACGUCAGCGCCAUCCUCCUGGACGGUGUCGCUCCUGGAGACCUCGAUCAAGCAGGAACCGUCCCCAGAUCCGGCCGACACGGACAGCGCCGUGGACUCUGGAGCUGCCGGAGCCAAAGAGGAAGCGGAGGCUCUGGCCGACAAGGCAGAUGUGGACACACCUGGUCUAGCCGAGGAUUCCCAGCUAGAGAGGCAGCCCUCCUCCCCGAGGAAAGCGACCUUGGUUAAUGGCCUUCUGGACAGCUGCCUGGACCAGUGAGCCGAGCACUUGCUGCAUCUGUGAUCCUGCAAGUUCCUCUGUGUAUGGACACAACGAGAUAAUGAUGGUUAUGACUUCAAAGGGAAAUUAUUUUUUUUCUUUCUUUAUUCCAGAGUGGUCUUGUGCUGUUAAGUUAAAUUGAUUAAAAGAAAAGGUAUAUAGACAUGAAGAUGAGAUGCUUCUUAACUCAUUCGUUUUUAAAAAAACAGUGUUUUUAACAUCCUCCCAAACUUUUGAAUACGUUCUAGCCCUGAUGUUUUAGUCAGUGGCCGCCUGCUGUCUUAUGGAGGUUGAAGAUUUCUUAGGAAGAGGUGAUAUGAGGAUUUGUUUUGAAGCGGCUUAUUAAUCUACUUUCACUUUUUAAUGAAGAGAUGAGGACUACACAAGCAUGGGUGGAUCAAGCUACUCGCAUUACAUUGAAGUUAGAUAUUUUGCACAUUUUAUUCAUCUGUUUACUCACAAUAAUUAAAAAAAAAAAACUCCCCAUGGUCUGUGUUAUAGAUAUCAUAUGGAUUUUCAGGUCAUGAUACAAAACUCCUGAAACACAAAUGUGCAAUAAUCUAUUAUUAUUAUUAUUAUUAUUAUUAUUAUUAUUAUUAUUAUUGAAAGGGCUGUCAUGAAUAAGAAACACUGGUUAACUGGGAGAGAUAGAACAAGUUGGUCUGACUGUAAUCUGUUUGUAUUUUUGUUAUGGAGCAGAAAACUGUAUGUAUGAACUAUUGGUUCAGAUCAUGUGAGUUAUUUUGCCUUCGGUUUCAGAAAGAGUGGAGAUAACUUUAUGGAUGAUCUUUUUAUUAUUAUUUUAAGGUGUAUGUACUCUCCCCAGUCAGACAAAUUCAGUAUUUGAAUGAUCAUGUGUUUGAGAGUAUAGUGUUUGUAUCCCUCCUUAUGGUAGGAGACAGCUGGUUUCAGUGUGCUAACAGAUAUGUUUUUUUCUUCUUGUUGGUUUCCUAUUUGCCAUGGUCAUUUAUUUAAGCUUUUAGCCUCAAGCAAUACCGACAUAUUAUAACCCUCGGAACUACAUGUAAAAGGUGCUAAAUUGGUAUGAUUAUUUUCAAUUUAUUAUUUUUUGGGUAGAUACUGCAAUUGAACACCAAUAUAUUUUGCUAGUUUGAAAAUAUUGCAAGCUUUUUUUGUCUGCUGGUGAAUUGAGCUGAAAACCAUGCAGUGCUGCAGACAAGUAUAAUGUAGAUGGGGCAAGUCCAGAGGCUUUAAAUCUUGUACAUGACAAAGAGUGAAAUGCAUGGGGAUCAUCAGAUUGUGAGGAUAGUCUUCAGUUGAGCAAAUAACCUAAAUGCAAAAACAUAUGGAUUUCUUUGCAGUGCUAUAGGCGAUGGAAGAGGCAUGUGCUUCAUGUAAAUAGCAGGUUUAAUCUUUCAUUGGGUGACUACUAUUUAUCCAAUAACUCUUUAACAGAUUGUGUUUUGCAAUUUGUUUCUCAACAAAUGUCAUUAAUAAAUGUCAUUAUUUUUAUACGAA